CAAAAUGUAUCUCGAUCUUCGCGAGAUUCACGUAAACCGACGAGUAACCACGGAGACGAGCAUAAACGAACGGCUGAAAUGACAUUUAUUGGAAUAUGAAGUCAAAUAUGACUAUAUUUAUAUUUUAUAAUGACAACUAAAACACAAGCUAACAUGACGAAAAACUCUCCCAAGCCAGUGCAGGUUCUGCUGAGAAGGCCAAUAGCCCCACCCAUUCCAACCAAACCUGCCAUUCCAGAGAAACCCAAGACUGGAGCAUCCUCAUUCCUGCCUUUCCAGAGCCAGAGUAUCCCAUCUUACCUGGAGCUCAGCCAAGAAUUCAGUGAGCACCACCACCUUCUAGUGCCCUCCUUGCCCAGCGACGCCCAGUCGGUCGCCUCCGACCUCAUCGAAGAUGUGUAUGCACCGCAGAACACCCCACGCGCCAAGGAAAUGGUACUGCGCUCCGACGAGAGUCCCUCUUUCCAGUCCCUUGAGGAAGCUCCCGAUUGGAGAUUCAUCAUCGAAUCCCGGUAUAACAUGAACAAAGGAAGCGGACCGGGUAGGACGCUAGAAUCAGACUCUCUGGUCAAACCAUACAAACCACGCGGCCCUGAACCCUUUCCUCUCCGGCAACCAAAGCAACCAUCGGAAAUUUGCCCAGAGAUCCUCUACGCGGACGUUGAUGACCCACGGUUCUACGAGAUACCAGAGUUCACUCUCAACGAUUUCUGUCAUGAUCUGUCAAGAGUCUAUGCAUUACCGAAGGAGAGAGUCAAGAAUAUUGUCUUCUCAAAACAAAACUUUAAGAAAAUGACAACACUCUUUGGAUCAUUCGCUCAAGAAAAGCGUCAAGUGAGUGUGAAUACUCUGGAACUGAAAGGUGAGGACAUCCCAACCUUUGAGAACAGGGUCCCUCAGCACCAGGUCCUGCUAGAGAUGGCCUGUGCCAUCGAGGAUCAGAUGAGACAGUUGAUGUUGGAAGAUGUCCAGAGUCAGCUGCACGGCACGCAGACCAAGAGGUCGCCAGGGUCAGCGGGAUCGAUGAGUGUGGAUGGAAAGUCGUUGCCCCCAAUCAGGAGAGACAAGGAUUCAUUAUUCAGUGCACCAAUCUCUAAAUACUUCCAAGGAUCUAGGAGAUCUAAUGAACCCUUUGAUGGACCUGAUUCUGAUUCUGAGAUCAACCCCUCAGAACUAGCUCUUCUAGAAUGUCUCGUUAACGGAGGUCUAGCGCUCAGUUUGAAGGCACACUUCAUUUCGACAUUACCUCAACUCAAUCCGGUUCUGAAAACCUUGACCUAUUUGAACUUGUCGUUCAAUGAUUUUAAGAACAUACCUAUGAUAGUGUUUGAGAUUGAGAACCUUCAGAUCCUAAAGCUAAGGAACAACCCAAUCCGAGAGAUCCCGUACGAGAUCGGUCAGCUCACCAGGCUAAGAACACUGGUCCUCUCCUUCUGUAUACUUUCAGACUUACCCCCCACCCUUUUCACACUGCCUAUCAAGUACUUGGAUCUAUCCUUCAACAAGCUAUCCUUCUUGCCAAACGAAAUGAGACAUCUCAAGAGAUUACGCGCUCUGAACCUGGAGGGUAACCAGCUAGCUGCUCUGCCAUGCGGGAUGCUGAAACUGAGAGACCUUCGCUAUCUUAGGGUCAUCAAUAACUUCAUGCACCCUCUCUUGUGGAAGGAAAACUCCCAGAACAACCCACAGAGGUUAUCUGACAUGGCAGCCCUGGUGUGUAAGCAGGAAGGACUGGACUGUAUAGAAGGACUACAUGACUCACUGACGGUCUUCCUAAACAGCUAUACCACCUGUGACUGCUGCGGGGGGCCUCUGUACGGGCCAGGUAUCCGCCUCAUCCGACCCUGUCGCCGUGCCUAUGGGGUCAAACAGGUGCCCUUCAUCUUCAUCUCCUGCUCUCCGGCGUGCCGAGACUUCUUCAUGGUCAACACACAGUCCCUAUCAGACAUCCUCUACGAAGACUCAGAUGAGGAGUAUCUUGAGUAAAUGGGCUGUUUGGGGAGUUAUGACCUUUUGCAUCUAUUCAUGUUAGUACAUGCAGAUGAUGAAAUGGAAUACUGCACCAUUGCCCAAACUAGCUCUUGAGAGUAUUUCUCUAUGAUGAUUCAGAUGAGGAGUUUCUUGAGUUUUGUCCCCUUGCAUCCGGAGCAUGUUAGUGCAUGCUGAUGAUGAUAUUGAUCAUAAUAACAAUACAGCAUCUAUAGUGCCAUCAUCCUCAAUGAUGAUUUGGAUGAGGUGUUUAUAGAAUGAUUAUGGCUGUUUUGGGAGUUAAAACCUUUUGCAUGUGAAGCAUGAUACUUAAGAUGAUAAAUACAACAUUUACGGUGCCACAUUUGCCAAGUCUCUAUCAUCUACGACGAUUCAGAUGAGGACUUUCUGGAGUAAAUAAUAUUACAAGGUACUUUUCAUGGUUUCAUCAUCCUCGUUUUGAGUUUCCCCUGUAGAAAAGCUUUUGCAGUUGUUUUUUUAAGCUACAUGUGCCUCAAGAAUGUUUUGGGUGUUACAUACAUGUAUGUCCUUUUGGGUGUUAUGUCAUUUUGCAUCUGAAGUAUAAAGUGCACACAGAUGAGAUUUAAUACUAAUAUGUACUUAGUAAUAUUAAUACAGCAUUUAACAUGAACAAUGGAGUUAGUUCCUUUUACACCCGGAACAGAAGCAUCUGUAGAUGGGUUUCUUGGAUAAUGACUGUUUGGGGAGUGCUUUUGCUUUUGUAACGUUCAUGCAUGUAGAUGAUAUUCUAGAGUAUUGGCCGGUAUAAUAUAUCAAUGCUUUUGAUUGAUGUUAAUUACUAUUGUUUUCAAUUUGAGCCUUUGCCUGAGCAAUAUCUUAAAGUAAACAGAUUCAAUGCCUUAAGAUCUGUAGAAGUGAGUACAAUGUCUGUUGAAGUUUUCAUAUUUCUCUUAUUUUUAAUAUGUUAUGAAUAAGCUAUGUUUUACCAAGGCAUCACAUCAGCAAUCAUAUACUUCGGAGUGGUGAGCCAUUCAGCUUUUAAAAACUAUAAGAGUGCUCUUAUGGACAAGAAUUACAGUGAGGAAAUGUGACAUUUAUGCAAGCAAACUCAAAGUGGACUCCCAUGACCAAAGAGUAUAGUGCAGUUACUAAACUGUGUCAUGUAGCAAAAGAUGAGUUGGUGAAUAAAAUGCACAGGAGCAAAUGAUUUAGCUAUAGGAAGGACUAAAAGAGCUUUGAACACUCAGAUAGAGUCCUGAUAAAAAGAAUGAAAUACAUUGAAAUUGUUGCACCAAAAUCUAACUUUUACCUAAUCAAAACAUUUUAUCAAAAGGAUCAGUAUUAUAUGAACCAAAAAUGUUAUAAUUAUGUAUAUGUGCUAGUUAUAGACAUCUUCCUUAAGUUUAAAUAGAACACAACAUAACUUUGCCAGUGUGUAAUUCUUCAAACAGGAUGAACAAAACGACAACAAAAAUCUAAUUUUCAUGAACAAAAAAAGCUAUGAAGACCAAAUAUUUCAAAGGUUUUAAAUUUAAUUUAUUAGAAAUCUCAUUACUUAUAUUUGCUUGAAAAAGAUAAUUCAUAUCUAAUUAUGGAAUGAUUUGCACUUCAGUUGAAUUGAAUCACACAAAAAACACAUAUAGAUACAUGUACCAAUAAUUAAACCACAUUUGAUCAAGAAAGUUGGUCGAAGCAAAUGGCACACAAAUUAAAAAGUAGGAGAAUAAAGUCUUUCGUAAUCAGAUAAUGCUUCUAUGGAAGCUGUACAUUACAUAAAAACAUAUUUAUACAUGUAUAUAAGAUGUAAAUAAAAUAUAUAUUUUAUUGUAUAUUUUAAUAUCCAAUAUGAAUAUCUAUUUUAAAAGAUUAAGCAUGUAUGUACAAAUAUUUGCACAAUAAAGCGUACCCUGCCAAUCGAAUUCUGAUAA